GGGGUUUUUGGUUUUUUCAUACAGAAAAGCCAGCCAGCAUCUGUUUCAAUAUACGGUUGAACCAGUUGGGCUCAACUGGCCGACUUUAUCUUCUUAGUCAAAACCCUGCACAACCACCUCCCGCCUUUCUUCCCUCUGCGCAUCUGCAGUCUCGCCUCCAACCCUCUUCAGCCCCACAGUACAUAAUAAAACAGAGAGAGAGAGAGAGAGAGAGAGAGAGAGAGAGAGAGAGAGAAGAGAGAGAGAGAGAUGGAAAGGCUUAUGUGUUCUUCUUCAAUCUCCUACAAAAUCCAUCUAAAACCCAGACCGUUUCUCCCCCGGUUCGGCCGAAUUGACACCCCGAAACUCGGUUUCUCUUCAUCAGCUCGCGCCGAUUCGAGGUGGGUCAACUCGAUUUCGUCCAAACACGAAGACCCAUCUCCCGGCUCUUCCUAUUCUUCGACGCCCAUUCCGAAAUCGUACGAUGUACUUUCUCUUGAACCGUCUUCUCCUGUCCUCGAUUCGCCGGAAAAGGUUGUGGUUAAUCCCGAUUCUUUGAAACAGAUCGCAGAAGGAGCCUCUGAUAAGACAAAGGCUGUUACUACCGGAGCAGUUGUAGCACUCUCAGCCCUUAUUAUGAUCUUAAUCCAUCCAGCUCUUGCACCACCGGCUUUUGCAACCUUUCAAACUGCAGCUAAAACUGGUGGUGCUGCCACCGCCACUGUAGGAGGAAGCCUAAUCCAAACUGAAUUAUUAAGCAGUGCUUGGACGGGCUUCUUAGCUGGUUGCUUACACACUCUUUCAGGCCCAGACCACCUUGCUGCUUUGGCUCCACUCUCAAUUGGCCGCACCCCUCUGGAAAGUGCUGCUGUUGGAGCCCUCUGGGGCUGUGGCCAUGAUGCCGGUCAAGUGAUUUUUGGCCUCCUCUUUCUUAUACUGAAGGAUAGGCUCCACAUUGAAGUCAUCCGAACUUGGGGCACAAGAGUUGUGGGUUUUACACUGCUUGUGAUUGGUGCAAUGGGUAUUAGAGAAGCUUCAGAAGUUCCGACUCCAUGUGUUGCAUUGGAAAAUGGUGAGUGCGAUGUUAGUGUCUAUGAAACAAUUGAAAACCCUGUGGUUGGGAAAAAGAAGAUUGGUUUUGCAACUUUUGCCACCGGGAUCGUCCAUGGGCUGCAGCCUGAUGCACUGAUGAUGGUUUUGCCUGCACUGGCCUUGCCCUCUCGAUUAGCAGGCGCUGCAUUUCUAGCAAUGUUCCUAGUGGGGACUGUAGUUGCAAUGGGUGGUUACACCGUAUUUAUAGGCUCCUGUAGUCAGGCACUAAAAGAAAGGGUUCCAAGAAUAACUGAGAAACUCACUUGGGCGUCUUCCCUUGUGGCUAUAGCUCUUGGAUUUGCCAUUCUGAUUAGCCAAUUUUUUGGGUAUAGCCUGUAUUGAUCAUAAGCUGCUCUUAUUCUGAAAAAUAUUUGAGAUUGCGAAGAAGGUUAGUUGAUUUGUUCACAGCAGAAGUUUACCCCCCCUCUUAUCUUCUUUUGACAAAAAAUCAUUAUCCAGAUUAUUUAUUCAUACUUUUUUAUCGCAA